GAGAGAAAAUUGUAAAGCACUGAAACCGGAAAUGUCAACCGAGUGACUGCGAAGCGAAGUAGACCGCUGCAUCUCCACUUUAUGCCACAUGAUGGACUGCUAAUCUAGGAAACAGUCACUAUACGUUGUCAAAAAGCAAACUGCGAACAUGACAAAUGUGUACUCUCUCGAUGGCAUCCUGGUUUUUGGGCUGCUGUUCGUCUGCACUUGUGCAUACCUCAAGAAGGUGCCUCGCCUCAACAGCUGGCUGCUGUCGGAGAAGAAAGGAGUGUGGGGCGUCUUCUACAAAGCUGCGGUGAUUGGGACACGGCUUCACAUUGCCGUGGCAAUUUCCUGUUUGGCCAUGGCUUUCUACGUUGUCUUCUUAAAAUGAUAGUUGGGUUGGGCUGGAAAGGACACUGGACGGGUGCAGGCUAGGGAUGGACUCAUCAUCGUGGUCAUGUGCUAAUCCUUGUUGUGGGGGGGGAGGGGGGGACCUCUUGGAUUACCUGACCAAUGAAACCCCAUUGGCCCUGUAGAGCUCCGAGAAAGACUAGCCAGUGCAGUGCUGCCCCCCUUUGGUGAUUGGGUACAUCACUCUUCCCUUGAUCAUUUGUAUGCACUACAGAUAUUAAGGGCAUCCGGCAUCUUCUCCGCAGUUAUUACAGAGGAGAUGGUCGGUUGGGUCACAUGGGAUCAUUCUGUUGUAGGGUAACGCUGUUUGUUGUCUCCAUCCACACCCCAUACAUAUUUAUAUUGAAGGAUGCAGAACAUUGAAGGGCAGUGUGUGCAUUAUACCGUAUACCUGUACACAACCUAAAAUUAGCUGAGCUAUGUAUAUUUGGAAAAAGAUAUGACCGGUAGAGAUUUGCCAGGGGUUACGUGUGAUCAAACUAAAAAUGAUCAAUUCUGCUUGCUCCCAGCUAUGCUUUUUUUGUUUUCCUUUCUGUAUCACUUCUUGUGUCAAGGGUGUAGGGGAAGAUAAACAAAGCUAAUAUAUAAAGAUGUAAAGACUCUUACCUUUUCUCAACAGUGCUGUUUGACAUCUCUUAAAGGAGCUAUAUGCAAAAUUCAGAGUCUGGGCCGGGAUCGCCUGCACGCGGCUCUCACCUCUGACAUCGCAAGCAAAUCAUGGAAGUGGUAGAGCCGACAUGGCGGUGGCUAGCAGUGCUAGCUGUGUUAACAGCGCUAACAAUGGCAACGGUGCUGACACUCACCGAGGGCGACCUAGCUUCCGUGAGAACGACGUCACUGGGUUGGGACAGCAAAGUCGGUGUUAACCACCGUAUGAAGACGGCUCUCCCAUGCACGCCCAGCCUGGGUAGUGCACAGUGAAGAGCAGUGGGACAUGAACACAAAGGGAGGCAGAGGAAGAAACGGGGAGGACUGACAGUUUUAAGGACUAGCCGGACCCACAUGCUCUAACAUGCACACGCGGCCGGCCCAGCUACCAAAACGAAGAACAAAGAAGCUCCGAUUACAACACAAACGUGGAGUGUGACUACAUUCUCUGCCCAGGAUGCAUUGCUCCGCUCUAUUUACGUUAUGAAUGUGGUAUAUAGCUCCUUUAAGCUUUGUUUUAGGUUUGAAAUACAGAUGUUGCACAGCUGUAUGUUGUAUUUACUUUGACAUCUAAUUCUAUAACAUGUUUUAAAUGUCACAAAAAAGGUGAAUUGUAAGACACGUGGGAGACAACGUGUACUGCAACUGUAGAGUAUCGCAGAGAGAAGAAUAACUUUGAAAGAAGCUUAUCUCAACAUAUUGUGAAAGUUGGCUAUCUAUAUCCGACUCGCCUAAACAUUUAAAUGCGAUGCCAAAUAGUGGUGGUGCUUCUUAUCCCAUCUUAAUUACAUGCCGUUAUUCAGAGUUUAAUUCUGCCACUUUAUUUUACAUUUUUAAAGGAAUAAAUUGUUCUGAGAAGAGAUGCAAUGCAAUUUUGAAUAAAACAUUAUUCAGACAA